AUGGAGACGACCGAGUGCACGGAGGGAUCGGAGUCGCGGUGUUCAGACGGUCAGCCCAGCUCCGAAGGACUGGGGUCCAGUUCGGAACCGCUGGUUUCUUCGGAUGGCGGGGCUGAGUCCGCCCUGGCAGCCGCGACCGCAGCCGCUGCUUCGGCUGCUUCGGCCGCAUCUGCUGCGUCUGAGGCCGCGGCCACUGCCGAAGCGGCUGCGUGGUAUCCGAAGGGCCCGAGGCCCCGCCCCGAGCCUGUUCUCAUCGACCCCGCCUCUGGCCUCCGUCUUCUCGGGCACCCCUGCGCUGGAUCCAGGUUCCCCCACCGGACAGGCCGCGGGAGUCUUGGCUUCGAGCCCACCUAUAUCUCCUGUGUUCCUCGGGACCCCUGGGCCACAAGUGACAGCUCGGCCUGUGGCUGGCCUCAUGGCUCCUCCAGCUCCGGUCCUGUUCCCGACUCGAGCUCCAGUCCUGGCCAGAGCUCUGUCCCUGGCUGCGGCUCUGGUCAGGACUCUGGCCCUGGUCCUGCCUCUGCCUCUGGGCCUCGUCCAGGCCCUGGCUCUGGUGCAGGCACGGGCCCUGGUCCUCGCCCUGAGCUCGGAAACCUUAGGGAAGACGAGAGCCGUAAUUACACCUGCUGGAAUCAGCAGGGCUACCUGGAACCUCAGAAGGAGCCCUCCUGGGAAUUUCUGCAAGUCCCAGAACCUGGGGCCCGGGGGCCCUGGAAGCCCUCAGAGGCUGAAGGGAAAUCUCACGGGCUCUCGGAACCACUGCCACAGGGCCAGUGUCUCCUCUACAACUGGGAGGAGGAGAGAGCCACCAACCACCUGGAUCGAGUCCCAAGCAUGCAGGAUGGCUCGGAGAGUUUCUUCUUCCGACACGGACACCGAGGGCUGCUGACUCCGCGGCUCCAGUCACCCAUGGCCUCCAGCACCACCCAGAAAGACUCCUACCAGCCCCCCCCAAACCUCCAUCAGUCACUUCGAGGGAAGCGGGAAGCCAUGCUGGAACUGUUCCUGCACCACCGGAUCUGUAAAGAGGUGCAGGCAGAGCAGGAACCUGUAAGGGGGACCUUUGAGGCGGAGUCUGUGACACACCGCGACUACCGCACAGAGCUGGCGCAAGCAGGGCCACCUGCCCCUACCAGGCCUCACGACUACCGUCUGGAGCAGCCUGAAACCUUCUGGCUACAGAGGGCACCACAGCUGCCGGGUGUCAGCAAUAUCACGACGCUGGACACACCAUUCCGAAGGAACUGCAGCUUCACAACCCCGGUGCCCUUGUCCCUGGGGCAGCCUUUGCCCUAUGAGCCUCAGAACUAACCCCCCCAACUGGGAGAAAUGUCUUCCCUUGCCUGCCAGGGAGGGGGGCAGUGUGGCAGAGGGGGUAAAACCACGGUCUGA